CAAAGUCAAGGCACGAACACAUUAGGCAAGUAAACAACAACAGUUAUACUUCUCAUUUCGUUGUUACAAUGGCACUUGUUGCAUAUAGUGAUGACAGUGACAUUGGUAGUGACUCUGAAGAGACAGAAAAGCCUUUGGACAGUUCAGCUAGUAAAGAAUUUAAAGACGAAAUUAGAGUAGAUGACGUUAAUGUGAGAGGAUUGUGUGUGGUAGAGAGUAAUUCUGUCAACUCUCAAGUGCCACACAAUACUGACUCUACAUCACAUGGAGUUAAUAGUAUAGUUGAUGAUGAUGAUGAUAUUAAUUUAGAAACUAAAAGCUGUGGUUUACUGUCAUCAAUACCAGCAGCAAAGCCACUUCCAGUUGCUGGACAUGGACUUAACCUUGGUGAGGAGGAUGAGUUGACUGAUGUGCCAACCGUUGAUACCUGGAACAUUACACAGCAACUUAAAAAACACAGAAAUGAUAUCAAUAUAGUCUCACCUAUGCCUGUAAAGUCAGCAACAGAUUCUAUAUCAAAAUCAAAAAAGAAAAGAAAAGUUCAGUUUUUUGUGCCUGCUCUUUCUGAGUUUGCAGAGGAAGAUGAGGAGACUGAGCAACAGGAACCUGAGUGCAAGAAGUUAAAACCCUCCUCAUCUGGUACAGGUCUCUUCUCAUUGCUGCCUGAGCCCAAACAUAUUACCAUCAAAGAAGCAAAACGUAGUCUUGUACCCCACGUCCUCACUAAAAAAACAGUGCCCGUGCAAAAAUCUUCCAAGCCUAAAUUUGAGCCGAAAAAUUCAAUAGCUAAUAGUGGAAAUGAUUCUGAAGAAGAUGAAGGUAAUGAAGGAUCUUCUGAUUUCUUUUCCCUGUCUGAAUCUGCUUCUGACAUUGAUUUAAAGACCAUACCAGCAGGAAUUGUAAGUGCAUCAGAUGUGGGCUCCAUCAGCAAAAAACUAGCUGUAUCACAGAUUGUUGAAGAACACAAGUCUUUAUCUCAAAAAGUAACUGUAUAUUCUGAUGAUUACUCUAACAAUUCUCAGUAUUCAUCUACACAGUCUCAGGAAACAGAAGUACUUUAUCCCUCACAACAGACAGAACCCUCUCCAGAGGGUCAUGCUGGAAUUGAUGAAGAAACGAUGCUUCGACUGGCUGGUAAGCGGAGAGGCAAAGUUGAGGCUAUUAACUUUAUAAAUGUUAAUGCAGAUGAUGCAUUGCUUACACGUGAUGAAUGGAUGACAAAGGCCUUGUCCGAGGAGAAACCAACCCAUAGUUUCAGUAAGAAGAGGGAUGGACUGCCAUCACAGAAACAAAAACAAAAGCAUCAGAUCACAUACCUUGCCCAUCAAGCAAAGGAACGAGAGCUAGAACUGAAAAAUAAUUGGGCCCAAAAUCGUAUGACAAAAAUGCAGACACAAGCAAAGUAUGGAUUUUAAAAAACUGUGCAUACUUCAUUUACCUGUCCAACAUAGAUAAUUUUAUAGACAAAUGUCAAAAGUUAUUCCAGUUACUAUUUAUUUUCUUUAGCGAAGUGGUUGUAUUUUGUGUUAAUGAUAGUUUCACUACAAUAUGUCUUUGAUAACAUGUUAAAAAUAGUUAAUAAUUAAUAAAUAAAUUUGACUUACUUGUUAUCUGUAUGAUAUAUAAUGAAUAGCCUGUCUUUUCUAUUGACAUUGUAUGUACCUUGAAUAUUAACUACAAUACUGUAUUAGAUGACUCAUUUGAAAUAUAAGAUAUCUUGCAUUAUUUUUAACAUGAAAUUGAGUUUUUAAAAAUAUUAAAACAAAUUCAUCUAGCUAACCAGUUGCCUCCCUGCUAAAAUAAAAGUUAACAGACAGUACAAAUGUUUAAGUUAAAUGUUUAGUAUAACUGGUUUUAAAUAACUACAAAAGGAAAUGAAAAAUCUAGAAUUUCACAGUUCAAACCAUAUUUUUGUAAGUGUUUAUUUGUACAGCAUUGUGAUACUUCUUAGUUAUGUAUAUUAAUCUAAAUAAAUUUUCCUUCGUAACAUUUA